GCAUAAAAGAAGAACAUUGCAGCAGAGGCACAGAAGGAGACUGCAAGAGGAGCUGGGAAUAUUACACACAGAACACAGCCGAACCACAACACCCUCCCCUGGACACACCCUGCUGGGGAUCACUGCUUCUCUUUUUUCUGAACCGUCGCCCACGCCACUCGGAGAGAAAGCUCUCCCUCAUCAUCAUCCUGAAGAAAACCCCUUUCUCCUCAUUUUCACCCUAAAGAGGACACCUACCAAUCUCCAAGGGCUGAGAUUCCCCUGGUGAACAUUGUCUUUUUUCCUUUUUUCUUUUUUUUCUUUUGGAUUUGGACACUUGGCCUCUCCACAGUAAAUACACAGGCCAGCUAAUAUAAAGACCACAGAUCAUAGUAUUGACUCAACCUACGGCUUGAAGACCUGCGAAACGAAGAAGGACCUAGAUCACUCUCAUUGUAUGUCAAGAAUGGUUACUCAGAUAAUCAGCACCAUGGAAACCCAGGUGUCCAACGGUCCGAGCGGAACCAGCCUGCCUAACGGGCCAGUCAUCAGCACCAACGGUGCCACAGACGACAGCAAGACCAACCUAAUCGUCAACUACCUGCCUCAGAACAUGACCCAGGAAGAAUUCAAGAGCCUGUUUGGUAGCAUCGGAGAGAUUGAAUCCUGCAAACUGGUCCGAGACAAGAUUACAGGCCAGAGUUUGGGCUAUGGGUUCGUAAACUAUGUGGAUCCCAAUGACGCAGACAAGGCCAUCAACACUCUCAACGGUCUCAAACUGCAGACCAAAACAAUUAAGGUAUCGUACGCCCGCCCCAGUUCAGCAUCUAUCCGUGAUGCCAACCUGUAUGUGAGCGGUCUGCCUAAGACCAUGACCCAGAAGGACAUGGAGCAGCUGUUCUCCCAGUACGGACGCAUCAUCACCUCCCGCAUCCUGGUGGACCAGGUUACAGGUAUAUCGCGAGGAGUGGGCUUCAUCCGGUUUGACAAGCGGAACGAGGCAGAAGAGGCCAUCAAGGGCCUGAACGGCCAGAAGCCCCUGGGCGCAGCCGAACCCAUCACGGUGAAGUUCGCCAACAACCCCAGCCAGAAGACGGGCCAGGCCCUGCUCACCCAGCUGUACCAGACCGCUGCACGUCGCUACACUGGCCCUCUGCACCAUCAGACUCAGCGCUUCAGCCUCAUCCCUCCAUUUGGAAAGGGACCAGAUCCAAAUAACAGCACAAAACCAAUACUCGACAAUUUACUAAACGCCAGCUACGGAGUCAAGAGUUCUCCCUCUCUUCUUCCUAGGUUCUCCCCCAUCACCAUCGACAGCAUGACCAGCCUGGCGGGAGUCAACCUGACCGGGCCCACCGGAGCCGGCUGGUGCAUCUUCGUCUACAACCUGUCGCCAGAGGCUGACGAAAGCGUCCUGUGGCAGCUGUUCGGGCCCUUCGGCGCCGUCACAAACGUCAAGGUCAUCCGUGACUUCACCACCAACAAAUGUAAGGGCUUCGGCUUCGUCACCAUGACCAACUACGACGAGGCAGCCAUGGCCAUCGCUAGUCUCAACGGCUACCGCUUGGGAGACCGCGUGCUGCAGGUCUCCUUCAAGACCAGCAAGCAACACAAGGCCUGAGAGAGAGAGAGCUGCUAGCUGACGCCAGCUCCUUCAGCCAGCAGGGAGUGCCACUGAGCUCCCUGUUACUAUCACUCUACAUGGGCCUGGACUGAGUCUCUCUCUCUCUGAUGCACACUCACCCAUACACAUACAUGCGCACACUAUCAGACAUACACACACUAUUAGACAUACUUACACAUACAAACAUAUACAAAGUCUGAGUUUCAAACAAAUACACUAGUAGAGUUUUUCUUUUCUCUUUACACAAUGCUAGUCCUUCCCUACGUUUGCCUGGAUUGAAUUAGUGGGGGUGCGUUGGGUAGUUGGUCUCUGGGGGUGGGGGGGUAAGAGGCCUCAAUGUGGGAGACAGUCUAACGAAUGUGACAGAGAAUGUGUGCUGAGUGCUUUGAUUGAAUUCAGGCAAAUAAUGACAACUGCUGAAACUAAAUUAUCAAAAUCUAAAAUGAACUACAAAUAUGUGCAAUUUAAACCCCAAACUCUUACCCCGUGAACUAUCCCAUUAUCUUGCUGGAGAGAGUGUAGUCACUUUUUUUUACACUUGGGCAUUUUAAAUCAGUGAUUUUUUUUAGAUCAAAGAAAAUUAAUUAAAAACAUUGUUCUCUUAUAUACGUAUAUUAAAAAUAUAACUAUAUAUUCAAUAUUUAAGGUGGUUAUAAUAGCCGAGUAUGUAAGCAUUUUCUAGAAACUUUUACUACUGUUCCUGGCUCAACAUUAGGUAGGCUGUGACUAGCUUUAGGGCAGUUGCUCUACCCUAUUAAGGACAGAUCCAAUAUGAUUUAGGUUAUCAAACUGAACAGCUACUGGUCACAAAGACAAGCAGCCUGAAGGCCACCAGAAUUACACCCUCUCUACACAACACAGUCACACAUCAGCCCUGUUAGGGGGGAAACAACACUAGAAUACUGAACAUCACUGACAUCUAAGAAUCUCCCUGUAUCUUUUCACUCUGGUUCUUCUAUUCAGAGUAGAAUGGAUGGAUUCCACCACAAGCAGAGCUGUCUGUGUGAACAACGUAGAACAUUGUCCCAGCUAGUGUUCCCAUGGAGACAGUGUUCAUGUACAAUUCUCUGAGAGACUAGGGACUGUGAGUUUAGAGCAAAUCACAGAGCCAAAUCACAGAGCCACUUUACCAAAACACCCAACCAGAUAUAACACCCCUCCAAGGGAAUGAGAAGGUUUUUACAAUUCAGUGGAAAUUAUUGGCCUGGCUAGGUAGACUCAACAUCACCAUUACGCACAGAUCAGAUCGAGAGGACGGUAGUUUUGACUUAGGUUGAGAUUCCGUCAUGACACUGAGCAGUGAUAUCUCCUCACUGAGUCCUAGAGGGUGAGACAGCUUCUUACCUAUUCCUCAGUUUACUAAACACUCCUCAGUUUCUUUCAGACCCCAUAUAGAAGCUCAUGAGAAUCAGUUUCUAUUCACUCUCAUUGUAACCCUGCCUGCCCUGUCAAAAUAGAAGGAACCAAGCCUGCAGAAACCAACAGUGACAAGUUUGUUUAUCUCACAUUGGAAACUCAAAAAGUUAUUUUUGUUGAUUUGCAACAUCUGAUCGGCACUAUCACCUAGCUGGAAUUUUUUUAAAUUUAUGACACCCCUUGAUGAAAAUGUAACGACAAAAGUCUUGGUUGGUUAGUCUGUUAGAAACAUCUGAUAAGACGUUUCAUGGGGAGAGAUAUGAUUACAAUAUAAAGACAUCUGCAUAUAAUAGAUUAAAUAAGGUAAAGUGUGUUCAAGACAUUUUUGCUUUUCUAAAUAACGCUGUGUUAGCCAAAGAGGACAACCAUCUCUUUGAAAGGAUUGCUUUAGAGAAAAAUCUAUUUUUAUACAUACAAAAGAACAAGACCUUGUGCUGAAUUUUUACAGAUUCUUAAAACUCUGAAAGACUGGGACACCGCACGGCUGUAUUUUAAGCCCUUUGAUCUUUGAGAGAGGGAGGAGCGUGUGCAUGCCGUGUAUAGGUGGGGGUCGAGGGAAGGGGGCGAAGAAGAAAAGUUUUAUCUCACACAACCUUACUUUUUCAACCACAACCUAUAAACAAACUUGAAAUAGCAAAAAAAAAAGAACAUAAACAAAGACAUCGGAAUAGAACAAAUACACAUCAGCACAAAACCAAUUCACUGAUUAGGAAUCAAACGUUACAGAGACAAAUCUGCAUUACUCAUACUGCCAUCUUUGAGUGUAAACUAGACAAACACAUAUCACUUUCUCUGAAGUUGUGUACAGCUAGUGUUGCUUCAAUGAUUGUACAGUGAAGUGCUAUCGCUUUCACAGGAGACACUUAAAUCAGGCUGCAGUAAAGACAGUCAGUCGCCCAAUGAUUUGUCCUCACAGACAUCUUGGGCUGGUUCGAAACAGAAAGGCUUGAAGUAGAUUCUCAAUGCAAAGAUAUUUGAAUGAAGAUUUAGCCAAAGAAUUUGGAAUAUGAGUGUCAAUAAGAAAUAAUUCAGUCUAUACUAAUUACUAACUGCUCCCCUGAUAAUUAUUCUAGAAACCAUUAUCAUUUAUUGCAUGAAGAUCCCAUAUGAUUUUAAAUCCCCAUAGCGCUUGCAGAAAUAUCUGUUGUUCAUAUCAAAUUAUAUCAGAAUGAACUAAUAUCUUUUGGUUAACAUAUCUGUUGAGUAGAUAUAAUUUAGCCCAUUUGCACAGGUGCUUACCACAAACCUACAACAAUGUAUACAAAGAAUUCACUUUUCAGCAAAAAUAAUGACAGUUCCACACAAGUGUCUCUUGAGCCUCAAUACUGUAAUACUCACACCAUCCGCUCACAACAGGAAUCCAAUUAAUCAGAGUAUGACAGCACUGUUUCAGUUUAACCCUAUGCUCUUCCACUGUUACACCCUCAGCCUCUAACUCUGACCAUUUCAUUUCUUACUGUGCCCCAGUAGUAUAUUGGUGGUGUGCCAACCAAAACAAACAUGACAUGUCAUACAUUAACACCCUGUCAUAAUCUAACUCCACACCUCCCUUCCCCAUUCAAUUAGUUGUGCCCAUACUCAAGAGAAGGUAGCACAGUAGGACUGAUACAGCAUCACUUUAAGAGACCAGAUGUGAAUCUUGGGAACAGAACAGCAAAUAGGCCACGUUGCUGACCUGCAGUUGAAGUAGUCCGUCCCACUGGUGAUAUGGGGUAGAGUCCCAGCCCAGUU